AAAAAAAAAAAAUCCCACCAAGAAAGAGAAGAAAUAAGAAUUUAGGUUAUAAGAUGAUGGAAGAAACAUGGGAGAAAGACUUCUUGUAUUAGAUUCUGUUGUGAAGGAGUGAAAAACAAAAUCAUAAAGCUUUGAUAGGGUCACUUAGUAGUUAAGUUCACCAUGUCAAGACAAGCUCAUCUUCCGCCUCGCUGCCCGUUUCAGAAGAAACCAUUAACUAGUCCAGUUCAAGACCCUUUUAACCCAACAUCACACCAACAUAACCCGUUACCUCCUCGACAUCAUAAGUCUAUUUCACAGAGCUAUAUCUUAGAGGAGCAGCCCGCAUGGCUUGAUGAGCUGCUGAAUGAAUCGAACUCAAAUUCCGAUGGCAUAAUGCAUAGGAGAUCAGCUAGUGAUUCUUUUACGCUUUUGGAUGGUCUUGUUUCGUUGGAAGGUUUCGAUAAGCUUGACGAAACUGAAUCCAAUGCAUCUUGUGAAUCGGAUAGUAGUUUGAAGACUAAUUGCGUCUAUGGUCCUAAUUCGCCCCGUGGAAAGAGCAAUGUAACCUUUGCUGAGAAUGCUAUAGUUUCAGCAUUAUCGGAAUAUGUGUCUCCAAACCCUUUACAAUAUUUAGAUAGGUGUAUUUCUGUGUCUGGAGCUGCACAAUCGGAGUUAGCAGUAGCAGGCAAUGUCUCUGGUGCAGCUGAUGAUGUCAAUGCUGAGGCAAAGGCAAUGAAACGGCAUCCUGGACAGCGGUCAAGAGUCCGUAAACUUCAAUACAUUGCUGAACUAGAGAGAACUGUCAACACAUAUGAGGCUCUAGAGUCAGAGUUAGCCGCCAAGGUUGCUUCUCUGCUUCAGCAGCGUGUUGCUUUAUCAAUGGAGAAUAGAGAGCUAAAGCAACAGAUGCUCAGACUUCAGCAGGAAAAAGUCAUUGUUGACGCCCAGUACAGGUCACUGAGAAAAGAAUUGGAAAGAUUGAGAUAUUUAGCACAUUCUCCCAACUUCAAGAAGCUUAGUUCUGCUGCUGCUUGGCAGAUGCUGGACUUUGGAAAGCUGGAUCUCAACUAAAGGAAGUUGAUCUCUUUGGGCAUAUUUUUCUUCAUUACAACAUCCUUCAAAAUGUUAUUGAUGGAACUCCUUUAGACUCAAGCCUGUAAAUCCUCUUUAGGAUGUAGUAGUAUGUUCCAAAUGGGAAUGACACUAUUAGGGUUAACUGUGAAUGCACUGCCUAAUUGACUUCGUUUUUAAUCAACUCAAUGUCUCCCGCAUCCUUAUCUAUAAAUAUAAAAAAAAAGAAAAGAGAAAAUCUUUAGGUGGAUUAAAAAUCCCUUUUUAAA